CUCCGUGGCCGGGAGCGCCACUGCUUCUGGGCGGGGCAAGGAGGGCGAAGUCCGAGGCUGGCAUGGAAGUCCGCCGCGGGAGCCGGAGGUAGCCCAGCGGCGUCCCGCCCCGCCCCGCCGAACCCUCGCCCGGCGCCAUGGUGCUGGACAGCUUGGCCCGCAUCGUCAAAGUGCAGCUGCCGGCUUACCUCAAGCGCCUGCCGCUGCCGGAGAGCGUCGGCGGCUUCCUAAGGCUGACAGUUUCAGAAUGGCUGCGGUUAUUGCCUUUCCUGGGUGUCCUUGCUCUGCUGGGGUAUCUUGCUAUUCGCCCAUUCCUUCCCAAGAAGAAACAGCAGAAGGACAGCUUGAUUAAUCUCAAGAUCCAGAAGGAGAAUCCCAAAGUAGUAAACGAAAUCAACAUUGAGGAUCUAUGUCACACUAAGGCAGUGUACUGCAGAUGCUGGCGCUCUAAAACAUUCCCUGUCUGUGAUGGCUCUCACAACAAACACAAUGAGUCAACGGGCGAUAAUGUGGGUCCUUUAAUACUCAGAAAAAAAGAAGUCUAGCAAACU